CAGCCGGAAGUGCCUUCCCGGCAAAGGGUUUCUGGGCAUUCUGGACCGUAACCCUCGCCUGCAAUGGCUGCGUCUUUGGUUGGGAAGAAGAUAGUGUUUGUGACGGGAAACGCAAAGAAGCUGGAGGAGGUCAUUCAGAUUCUAGGAGAUAAGUUUCCAUGCACUUUGGAGGCGCAGAAAAUUGACCUGCCCGAGUACCAGGGAGAACCGGAUGAGAUUUCUAUACAGAAGUGUCAGGAGGCAGCUCGCCAGGUGCAGGGCCCUGUACUGGUGGAGGACACCUGUCUGUGCUUUAAUGCACUUGGGGGACUGCCGGGCCCCUACAUAAAAUGGUUCCUGCAGAAGCUGAAGCCCGAAGGUCUCCACCAGCUCCUGGCCGGCUUUGAAGACAAAUCAGCCUAUGCACUCUGCACAUUCGCUCUCAGCACUGGGGACCCAAGCCAGCCAGUACUCCUGUUCAGAGGCCAGACCUCGGGACAGAUUGUGAUGCCACGAGGCAGCCGGGACUUUGGCUGGGAUCCCUGCUUUCAGCCUGAUGGAUAUGAGCAAACGUAUGCAGAGAUGCCAAAGUCUGAGAAGAACACCAUUUCUCAUCGCUUCCGGGCCCUGCACAAGCUGCAAGAGUACUUUAGUGUGGCUGCUGGGGCUGGCGACCACUAGGGCCGUAGGUGGGGGCUAGUGCAGAACUCCUCAGGAGGCAGGCACUCCUGCGAGGCGCCUCUGGGUUCCCUCUGCCAGGGGAGCCAGGCAGCUUCAGCAGCCGGUUCUGUGGAAGAGCAGUUGGCUCUGCAUGGGAGACUCAGGGCCAGUUGAUACUAAACCCUUGUCCUUUGGGAUUCAAGAGUUGCCUUUGGCCAGGCAUGGUAGUGCACACUUUUAAUUCCAGAAUUUGGUGAGUUCGAGGCCAGCCUGGUUUACAUAGUGAAUUUGUGGACAGCCAGAGCUACAUAGUGAGACAUUCUCAAAAACAAAACAACAAGUUGUUCUUGCAGCCUCUGGCUCUGGAACUCUGAGAAGAUUUUAGGUGUUUGCAUUUCUUAUCUGGUUGAGGGUUUGGCAAAGAAACACACAACUUUUGGUUUUAGAAUGUAUCAAAUGUAAAUUCUGGAAGACAUUUGUUUCCAAAAUAAAUGAUAUGUCUGUCU